GCGACGAACAUGAACACGGAGAAGGACUUUUCGCCUCUGACGCCAAACAUCGUCAGAGCUCUGAAUGACAAACUGUACGAGAAGAGGAAAGUCGCGGCUCUAGAAAUCGAGAAACUGGUGCGGGAGUUUGUGGCUCAGAACAACUCCACUCAAAUCAGACAUGUCAUCCAGAUCCUGGCCUCGGAGUUUGCGCUUUCCCAGCACCCCCACAGCCGGAAGGGGGGUCUCAUCGGACUGGCGGCUUGCUCCAUUGCCCUCGGCAAAGACUCCGGUCUGUACCUGAAGGAGCUCAUUGAGCCUGUGCUCACGUGCUUCAACGACUCGGACAGUCGUUUGCGGUACUACGCAUGUGAGGCCCUCUAUAAUAUAGUGAAGGUCGCCAGGGGCGCUGUGCUGCCCCACUUCAACCUGCUCUUUGACGGUCUCAGCAAGCUUUCGGCGGACCCGGACCCCAACGUGAAAAGCGGAUCUGAACUCCUGGACAGACUCCUGAAAGACAUUGUGACCGAGAGUAAUAAGUUUGACUUAGUGGCGUUCGUCCCCCUGCUGAGAGAGAGAAUCUACUCGAAUAAUCAAUAUGCUCGACAGUUCAUUAUCUCCUGGAUCCACGUUCUGGAGUCCGUUCCGGACAUCCACCUGUUGGACUACCUCCCCGAGAUCCUGGAUGGGCUCUUCCAGAUCCUGGGGGACAACAGCAAGGAGAUCCGUAGAACGUGUGAGGUGGUGCUCGGGGAGUUUCUGAAGGAGAUUAAAAAGACCCCUUCCAGUGUGAAAUUUGCUGAGAUGGCCAACAUCCUGGUCAUCCACUGCCAGGUCGCGGAUGAGACCAAGCUCACAAACGACCUGAUCCAGCUGACCGCCAUGACCUGGAUGAGAGAGUUCAUCCAGCUUGCAGGCAGAGUGGUUCUCCCCUACUCGUCUGGCAUCCUAACUGCAGUGCUGCCUUGCCUUUCCUACGACGACCGGAAGAAGAACACCAAAGAAGCAGCCAGUGCCUGUAAUCACAGUCUGAUGAAGCUCGUGACUCCCGAGGACGACGAGGAAGAGGAUGAGGAGAAAACCGGAGGCACGGGGUCGCCGUCCAAGGAAGACGGCCAGCCUGUGACGGAGGCGGACAGCAACGACAUGCUGAACGCAUCACAAGAAUCGGUCGGUUUCAGUAACAUCAGCUUCUUCACCCCAGCAAGCGCCGACAGGCCUCAUGUAACGCUGGACCUGGACGGCAUCGUCCAGGUGUUGGACCGGCACCUCCGCGACUCCUCCACUGGCAUGAUGACGCGCAUCGCUGUGCUCAAAUGGCUGUACCACCUUUACAUCAAGACGCCGCGGAAAAUGUUCCGCCACACGGACAGCCUGUUUCCCAUGCUGCUGAAGACCCUGUCGGAUGAGUCGGAUGAGGUGGUACUGAAAGAUCUGGAGGUGUUAGCCGAGAUAGCGUCGUCUCCGGCUGGCCAAACGGACCUAGGCGCCUCCUGCGACAGCACCGACAACAAACUGGAGCUCAAGGUCCCGGGCUCCAAAACGGGGGACUCGUCCCCGUCCACUCCCAGUAUGAACUCCUAUUUUUACAAGUUCAUGAUCAACCUGCUGAAACGCUUCUGUCUGGAGAGGAAGCUUCUGGAGAUCAGAGGAGCCUUCAUCAUCAGGCAGCUGUGUCUGUUGCUCCACGCAGAGAAUAUCUUCCACUCCAUGGCUGACAUCCUGCUGAAGGAGGAGGACCUCAAAUUUGCCUCCACCAUGGUUCAGACGCUCAACACCAUCCUGCUCACCUCGGCGGAGCUCUUCCAGUUACGCAACCAGCUGAAGGACCUGCACUCCCAGGAGAGCUGCGCUCUGUUUUGCUGCCUGUAUCGUUCCUGGUGCCACAACCCCGUGGCCACCGUGUCACUCUGCUUCCUCACGCAGAACUACAAACACGCCUACGAUCUCAUCCAGAAGUUCGGGGAUCUGGAGGUGACGGUAGACUUCCUGGUGGAGGUUGACAAGCUGGUACAGCUCAUAGAAAGCCCCAUUUUCACAUACCUGCGCCUGCAGCUCCUGGAUGUGGAGAACAACCCUUACCUGAUAAAGGCACUGUAUGGCCUGCUGAUGCUGCUGCCACAGAGCCAGGCCUUCCAGCUGCUGUCCCACCGCUUGCAGUGCGUCCCCAACCCGGAGCUCAUGAGGACUGUGGACGAGUCCGAGUACAUGGACUCGAAGCAGCAAGUGUCCAAACGUGCCUCUCACUCUCCGAUGGACUACAACGAGCUGCUGCAGCAUUUCGACCGUGUUCAGUGCAAACACCUGGAGGUCCGACACCAACGCUCUGGGCGGGCUUCUGAUCACCUCGACAGGAAGCUGAUGUGAAGUUGCCGUUGCAUGGUGCUCUCUGGUCCUUGAGGACAGCGAGGGGAGGGGGAAAGACACGUGUUUGGAAAAAUAACAACAUAUAUAAUUGUUCUGGAAAAGAUUAGAUUAAUGUUGAGGCCAAAAAGUAUUAAAUAUAUGAUAAAACUUAUCAGAGCACUGUUACCAAACGGAUGUUAGAUAACUGUUUUACCGGGCGAAAAACAUUUGAAAAAUAAACACAUUUAAACAUUCCCCAGUUAAAUGUUCAGGUGAACGCGAGACAUUUCAAUGUUAAAUAACAUUUUGUCUGUAUAACAUUUAAUUUCCACGUCUUGCCUUAAUCUCUCGUCAGCCAAAAGAAAACAAAUCUCCCCCGCCUCAAAUGAGAGAAGUUUUAGAGUUGGAGGCAUGGCUGAUUUGACUCUUGUAUUUAUUCUAGGGAGGACCAGGUUAUUAUGCCUCAAUUAUUUGUUAGCUGAUCAAAAAUGUCAGCUUUUAAUUCCAUUUCUUAUUCUUCAGUGAAUCUGUAUUUCCCCUUGUAUAGGAUGUCUUGCAUCCUUGUAUGGAUGGAUACUUAAUAUAUGUGAAAAUCAAUAAAGUGGACCAUGUGACGUGAA